AGCAAGUAUUGCUCUUCUCUGGGUGGCGGGCACACAAACUGGACCUUGUUCCUAAUAGUUUUAGUUAGGAACAAAGUAAAAUCAAGAAAUCUUUGAACUUUAUCAAGUGGGACAUCAAGGUGACAUGAGGUGGGGUUUAGUGCUCGUGGGUGUUCUGCUGUCUUUUGGUUCUCUGUGUUGGGGGGAGAAGGGCCUGGAAUUCCCCGAAUAUGAUGGACAAGACCGUGUCCAUCAAAUGACCAACAAGAACUACAAGUCUGUGAUGAAGAAAUACGAUGUCAUGGUGAUCUACUACCACAAACCUGUUGGCGUGGACUGCAUGUCCAGGAAGCAGUUUGAGGUGGAAGAACUUGCUUUGGAGCUCGCAGCUCAGGUGCUGGAUGAUUUUGAGGAUGAGGACAUCGGAUUCGGCCUGGUGGAUUCAAAGAAAGACAUUGCUGUUGCUAAGAAGCUGGGUCUGAAUGAGGUGGACAGCAUCUACAUCUUUGCUGAUGACGAGAUCAUUGAGUAUGACGGAGAACUGGCGGCCGACACACUGGUGGAAUUUCUCUACGACGUGAUUGAGGAACCCGUGGAGAUCAUCAAUAAUGAGAGAGAGCUCAAAGGCUUUCAUAACAUCGAGGAGGAUAUUAAAAUGAUGGGCUUCUUCAAGAGCGAGAAAUCUCCAUACUUUAUCGAGUAUGAUGAUGCAGCUGAGGAGUUUCACCCCUUCAUCAAGUUCUUUGCCACAUUUGAGCCAAAGAUUGCUAAGAAUUUAAACAUGAAGCUGAAUGAGGUGGAUUUCUACGAGCCGUUCAUGAAUGAACCUGUCACCAUCCCCGGCAAACCCUACACUGAACACGACCUCAUAAACUACAUUGAGGAGCACAACAGACCGACUCUAAGGAAACUGGAGCCCCACAGUAUGUAUGAGAUCUGGGAAGAUGAUAUUAACGGACAGCACAUUGUUGCCUUUGCGGAGGAGUCCGACCCCGAUGGUUAUGAGCUUCUGGAGAUUCUGAAAGAAGUGGCUCAAGAAAACACAGAGAACCCAAACCUGAGCAUCAUCUGGAUUGAUCCUGACGACUUCCCACUGCUGGUGCCAUACUGGGAGAAGACCUUCGGCAUUGACCUCUCGUCUCCUCAGAUCGGCGUAGUGGAUGUGGAGGACGCUGACAGUGUGUGGAUGGAGAUGGAUGACGAAGAGGACAUGCCCACUGUUGAAGAGCUUGACACCUGGAUCAAAGAAGUGAUGGCAGGAAAAAUCAGCCCUGAUGAUGAUGACAACAAUGAUGAUGAUGAUGACGAUGAGUAAAUUCUUGACUCCACCUCAGACAUCACUUCAUUGUUAUAUGAACACGUCAACGACAUUCAUCAUCAUCAGUUUAGCUUAGAACUUGUCCAUCUUUCCACGAGUAUGACAACUUAUUCAUCAGGAACAAAUCCUCAUAUCGGGGAUCACUGUAUGUUUAUGAAAAAGCAUUAUCUGUUUUUCUGCUCUUAUACUUGGAAAUCUUAAGUGAACAACAACAUGUUUUGUUAUUUUUUUAUUAUUAGAUACUUUUAUGAGCAGAGUAAAUGAUGCUCAUGGGAAAGUCUUAGCCUUCCAACAUCUGGAAUGUCAAAAUGAAAGAAAUAGAAAGAAAUACAACGAGAAGAGACAGAGAAACAAGUUUUCAAUGUGUCGUCUUUUCUGUGAGUUUGGGAUCAGCAUCAGUGAGACUUGGGCACCCAUGACCCUGUUACCGGUUAAUUGGUUGUCCUUCUUAGGACCACUUUUGGUAGGUACUAACCAUGGCAUACCGGGAACACCCCACAAGACCUGCCGUUUUGGAGAUGCUCUGACCCAUCACAAUUUUGCCCUUGUCAAAAUUGCUCAGAUCCUCACAAUUGCCCAUUUUUCCUGCUUCCACCACAUUAAAUUCAAGAACUGACUGUCCACUUCCUGUCUAAUAUAUCCCACCCCUUGACAGGUGCCAUUGUAACGAGAUAAUCAAUGUUAUUCACUUCACCUGUCAGUGGUUUUAAUGUUGUGGCUGAUCAGUGUAUAUUAUAAAAGAAAUGUAUAUUCAGAUAAUUCAAAUGCAUUACAUUAUUGUGGCAGGGGAGAUACGCAUUGAUAAGAAAAUACAAAAAGUGCCUUUGGAAUGCAUUGUAUUGUUUAUCUGUAUAUUAUUGAACACUGCUACGGUUCACAUCAAUCCAUUUCGCAAUUGAAUUCGUUAAUCAGUCUGAGAUUUAUUAUAAGGGCGUCAGACGGAUGCAUUUGGAGCGUCUCACUUUGUUUGCUUUGUGUCAUAAACAUACUAUUUUUAGGUUGCUGUAUCAAGUUAAAUGUAGUUUCAUUCUUAGAAAAACACGUUUUGAGAUCUCCAAGUUCGAAUUUGCGCUUUGCGGAUAGUUGUGUUUUGAACGCAAGAAUGCAUCCUCUUGUGCUGUCUGCUGAAGGGUUGGUUUGUUCUCUGUAUAAGCUGUGCAUUGCUGAUACAUAGCUGAAGUUCCACUUACUGCCCCCUGGAGAAAACAGUUGGUACUACAAGCUUGGGAUUUUCAGGAAUAUUUCUUAUGACGGUCCGGGGACAUGAUUAAUUGCAGAAUUUUUUUAUAUAAUUAAUCACACUGAAUUAAUACGUCCCCCGGCAGAUGGCCGCGGCUGCUCCGUUGGGGUGGACGGUAGUGGCGAGAACUCUACUACGGCGUAUCCCUCCUCCAUCCCGGGUUUCGGUACCAGUGUAAAGCAGUUAAAGGAUGGGCAAGGAGGAGGCGAGAACCGGCUUGACGAUAUAAAUCAUAUUUUAAUGAGAAACUCAAAAGACAACAUAAACACACAUGACGGACAUGUCCGCUGACGAUCUCUCUCUCCCGCACGGCCCUCUGCAGUCAGCCUUUAAACCUCACGGAGGCAUAAUUAGCCUAAUACGGGACCGGUGUGUAGUAUCACGACCCGGCCCCGCCCUCCGCCCUGCCACAAUGACAUUCACUGAAAUAAAGGAAAAAAUACUUUUUAUUAAGUUUAAUUCAGUAAAGAAAUUCACUGCAAAAAAACUAUUUCUAGCAAGUGUUUUUGUUUUGUUUUCCAUUUAAAAUUGUCUAAAAAUCCUUAAAACAAGAUACAAGUACAACACAUAAGAUAUUUAGACUUGCAUUAUGAGAAUGUAUAUUAAAUAUAUUAAGUGUAUUUUGUAUAUAAGUGUAUUUUUUCACUUGAUUAUACUUCUGUGAGUGCAAAAAGACAAAAUAUACUUAUAUUCAAGAUUUAUUCUCUAUAAGCAAGUAUAUAUAUAUAUAUAUAUAUAUAUCAUAUCUGCUGCUUCUCAAGUGAAUGCAUCUUUUUUUAUUCAACAUUCUCAGAUAAAACAAUUUUCUUCUGCAGUAUAGAUCCUAAAGUAAAUGAACAUUGUUUUAAAUUAGUUUUAGAUAUGUAUAUUUUGUGUAUAAAGGGGCGAAGACUCUCUCAUCUUUCUGUUCACUUCAAUCCAUCUUUAACUCACAAAAAAACAAACUCUCUCUAUUAAUAAAGCUGCAUAUUGACAGUGAUCUUCAUGAUAAUAAACACACAGUGACAUAUAUUAUGUUUCAAUAAGUCUCGAGUCAUCACGUUAUAAUCUAGCUGCAUUAAGCGUGCACGCUCACAGGAUGAGCAUCCCGUGUCAGAGUGUGCAUCAGCCGGUGCAGUUUCAAUCUCACAACACAUAGAAGAUGUGCUGACCACAUAGAGAAAUGCCAGUUUCAGAGUUUGUAGCAGGCCCUGUUCCAGAUCAAAAUCACUGAGGGUGCUUCUGAAAAUAGUGGGGGUGCUCUGUAUAAAGUAGACAUGUAUCAUAAUUAAAAAUGUUUUAACUG